AUGGAUCAUCCCCGAGUCUAUCUUACUGCCAGGACGGUCAUUGCGGGCGACAGUUGGGGUGAGAUUGCGGUGCCGGUGAUCCAAGAGCACCCGGCAACGGCGUUCAUCUUCGCCGGACGCCUUUUCGCAGCAAGAUCGCUUUUGUCUCUAGUCUUUGGCGUGCUCAACUUGAUCGUGGCCGUGGUGGUUGACACCUUCGCUGAGGCACGGCAGAAUGAUGUGCAGAGCCUCGCUGAGGAGAUGGAAGACGAAGUGGAACACGACCGUCAAGUCCUAGCUUCGAUCUUUCAGCGAAUUGACAAGGACGGCAGUGGUGAGUUGACAUUGGCAGAACUCGUGAAGGGAGCUCGUGAAGACUCGAUCUUUCACAGUCGCUUGCGGGUCAUGGACAUUGAUGAAGAUGACCUGCAGCAGCUCUUUUACAUGAUCGACCAUGACAACUCUGGCACAGUAGAGGUGGAUGAGUUUAUCGGUCCGCUAAGUCGAUGGGCACACGAUUCGAAGACAGCGCCGCGAUUCAUCAAGUACAACAUGCUGCAAACCAUGCAGCUUCAGCAGGAUUUGUAUGACCUUUCGGUCACUUGUUUCGAUGAGCUCUCCGCACGGAUGGAUGGCCUCACGGAGGGCUUAGCAUAUCGAAGUGCGGUACCAGGCCCUUGUGAACCCUCGGAGACUCCAGACACGCAGCAAGAAGCUCCAAGCAUCACCCCGGCCGCGGGCGCUGUGCCGGAGAGCAAGGGGUAUGGUGAAUCUGGUGACUCCCUGCAACGUGCGAAGAUCACGUAUGCCGAAAUUGGGCUGGAACGAGUGCUGCAGAAUCUCGAGAUGAAACUGGACCUGCUGAUGGACAGAGGCGCAAGUCGUCUAACCUCCAAAUCUGGCGGAAACAGCUACAGCAUGGUGCUGGCCUCCCGCGGCACCGGCGCGCCAUAUUCCGCCGAAGCGCCUUGGAACGCGGCUAGGCGGCCCAUGCGACCAAUGCUGCACAAAGAAGCUUUUCGGCAAAUGUAUUUGAGAGCCCGUGAUCCACAGAAUCCACGGUCGCCCCGGACGAGCCUCGGUCCCCAAGGGACCCAAGGGACCCAAGGGCUGCUGGGCUUGGCCUCAAGCAGCCUGGGCUUCGGCUUCGCCGGCUUCGCCCCGCGGCGGAGGUCACAGAGGUCACAUUGGUCACAGGUGGAGAG